AUGGGUCGGAGCCGAAGGGGUGAACCUCCAGGGACCCCCAGGGGAUCACAACCGCACCACUCGGGCCCGAUGGACGAAUUUAUUCAGACGCCGGUGGACACACUCGGCGAGGCCAGAGGCUCCAAAAUGGCGUCUACCUCCUCCGCACCCAGAGCCCCCUCUGCCUCCACGCUGGACGGUAUCGGGGAAGAACUCCGCACUAUCGCGGCCUCCAUGGCCACCAAGGCCGACCUACUGGUACUUACCACCACUAUACAGGAUGCCCUGCGAGCUGAAAUGGCCGGAAUUCGGACGGAGGUACCCGAGUCCUUACCCUGGAACGCUCCCACGAGGCCCACCAAGCCAGACUGA